AUGUUGUUUGGAGUGAAGCUUCAAAACGAGAUAUUUCCUCCGUGGAAAGAUCACUACAUCAAGUACGAUUACCUCAAGCGGCUGUUGAAGGAGAAUGUGAUUGUUUCUACAGAGGACUCUCGUCAUCUUGGCUUGUCUUCAGAGGUCAGUGGUUGGUCAGAAAAGGACGAGUCCACGUUUGCGACCGAGCUUGACUCAGAGCUGGAAAAGGUGUACUCGUUCCAGAUCUCCAAGUAUAAGGAGCUGGACGAGGAGAUAUCAAAGCUCGAGCUCCAGAGCGAAGAGUACUUGAAGAACCUGGCCGACAAGAAGGCCAAGGAAUUCGACACUAGAAGUUUCCAAAAGAAGCUAGAGGAGCUUCUUUCGUUGGCCAAGGAGCUGGAUCAUUUUGCCAGACUCAAUUUCACCGGUUUCAUCAAGAUCGUCAAGAAACAUGACAGAUUGCACAAGGGAUACUCUGUUAAGGCUCUUUUGAACGUGAGAAUGAAGUCGUUGCCUUUGAACAACAUCAGCGAAGACACUUCGCCCUACCUGUUCAGAAUCUCGACCUUGUACUCGUUCGUGAGAGACCAGCUCGGAUCCAGCUCGCUGUCGACCUCGUUGCAAAACUCCAUCCAAAAACUUUCUUCCUCUGGAAAGAUUUCGACAACCCCUAGUGCAUCGAUUAACAACAUCAGUCAGAAAGAGUACGGCUACAAGGUGCUCAAGUUCUGGAUCCAUCCAGACAAUCUGAUGGAGAUCAAGACCACUAUCCUGAGACAUCUUCCUGUUCUCAUCUACACCAACCAGAACGACGACGAUGACGACGACUACAACUCGGACCCAAUUAUCACUGCUCUUUAUUUCGACAACAACCACUUCGAGCUCUACAACAACAAGCUGUUGAAGAACCUCAACAAGACUCCGUCAAUGAGAGUGAGAUGGACCGGUAAACUGAAAGACAACCCAGAGUUGAUUCUUGAGAAAAAGACGUUUGACUACGAUACCGGAAACUCCAACGAUGUUCGUCUCUCUUUGAAAGAAAAAUACCUGAACGAUUUCAUCUUCUCUGACGAAAAGGACGACCACGACGAGAUGGACUUCCCUGUGCGUCACUCCAGCAAUUCCACCAACAAGCUCACUUACGACAAGUACGUGAAACGACUGGAAAAGAGAGGUCUUCCAAAGGAAACCAUCGACAAACUCUCGUCCAACUACAAGGAGUUGCAGGAGUUUAUCAAGAAAAACGAUUUGCAACCAACUCUGAGAACAGUGCACACCAGAACGGCUUUCCAAAUGCCUGGUGACGACAGAGUCAGAAUCACCAUCGACUCCGACAUCCUGUUCAUCAGAGAGGACUCGUUUGACCACGAAAGACCAAUCAGAAACCCGCACGAGUGGCACAGAAUCGACAUCGACUCGUCCAUUGAGGACCCUUACAGUCUCUUGAGAAAAGGAGAGUACACAAAGUUCCCGUACUCUGUGAUGGAAAUUAAGCUGGCCAACUCUAUCUUCAACAACCCGUCCUCAAGAACAUUGUCGUGGAUCAACGACCUGACCAACGGGCAUCUGGUGAAAGAAGUCCCUAACUUCUCCAAGUUCAUCCAAGGUAUCUCUUCGCUGUUCUUGGAAGACGACAACCUGGACAUUCUUCCGUUCUGGUUGCCUGAGCUGGAAACAGAUAUCAGAAAAAACCCAGAACAGGCGUAUAACGACUCGCGCGAAAAGCAGAUCAAACAGAAAGAGCAGGACGAAAUUCUCAAGAACUUUAAGAAAAAGGUGUCUGAGGCUCCAAACCCAGCAACCACAUCGGGAACCGUUCAUCUGGACCAGAUCGUUGAGGAGCACGAGGAUCUUGACGAUAACGAGUCUUCUGACGAGGAAUCCACCUCAACGCUGGCUCGGUCUGCUCCAGCAUCCAAACUGCCUACACCCACAGCAGAGAAUACUCUAGCAACCUCGGCAGCUACCCACGAGUCCAAGAACGUCUACGACAUUCCAAAGAAGAAGAAACUCAACGUGGCUUCGUAUUUGAUGCCGGUGUUCUCCAAGGCCUCCAAGCUUGAAGGCUACGAGUCCGAGGACGAAGAAAUUGUGCUUCCACCGGGAGUGAUUAAGCCAAAGGUGUUGAUCCGUCAAUCUGGUCCCGUCAAAGUCGAAGCCAAGGUCUGGCUGGCCAACGAGCGUACUUUUGUGAGAUGGCUGCACGUGACAACGCUGUUGUCUGCGCUAACUUUCACCGUGUACGCAUCUGUGCAAUCGUCGCACAUCCCUGUGGUGGCCACCAACAUUGCCUACAUCUACUUUGCAUUGACUCUGUUCUCUGGAGUCUGGGCAUACGGUAUCUACAUGAAGAGACUGGAGCUCAUCAAGCUGCGGUCUGGAAGACACCUGGACGGAGUCUUUGGUCCGCUGGUUUUGGCAGUGGUGCUGAUCAUCAGUCUCGGGUUGGAGUACUAUGCCGGUGUCAAGAAAUAUAACGAGAAACACGCGCUGGUUUCUGCAGAAGGUGUGCUGACCACCUCCAACGAGGAGGUCAAUGCCCUGCACCCGGUUCUCAAGUUCUGGUUGCAAAAAAUCGUCAACUUUGUUGAGUCUAUCUAG